AUGGGCAAAACCGGUUACGUGUUUAUGCACGCCGGGUGCAGGGAUCUCGUGGAAAUCCACAAAGCGGACCAUUUCUGCUCCCUGCACAAAUUACUCCGAGAUUAUCGCCCUACACCAAGCAUGUUGCGAAACGAAAUGGUCACGUACAACCAUUCGGCAUAUCCGAUCAUCCUGCAACCUACAGCAUGGGAGGGGGGUGUGAUUGAUCUUGUAAAGCAGGAGGGUGAAGGGGUGAGGGAGAAGGAGGAGAUGCGGGUGUUGAGAGAGCAGGUGCGGAGUUUGCAGGAGAGGUUGGGGAGACAGGGGGAGGCGAGUGGGAGUGGGAGUGGGAGUGGGGAUGGACCGGCUGGACUGGCUGCUCAAUCGUCUUCGACGGCGUAA